AUGGUGUUUGCCGCGGCGCGACGCCGGCGGCUCGCGUCGCUGGCGCCGCUGGCGCCGUUGGUGCCAGGGGUGCCGCCGGCGCCGCGGCCGCCGCGGCUCGGGCUGCCGCACUGGGGCCAGCGGCCGCUCGCGCCGCCGCCGCCGCCGCCGCUGCCUCGGCCGCCGGCGCUGCCGCCGCUGCGGGCUGAAGGCCGCACUCGCGCGAAGCUGAGAGCGACCAGCUCCGAGAAGCAGAGGCCGACGCCGCCGGAGGCCGCCCCGCGCGCCCAGAGCGCGGAAAUAUGCAGCGGCCAGAAGGGUUUAGGGAACCGCAGGCGCAGCCUCCGCCCCGGCCUCGCGCCGAUGUUCGCGCUGGCGGCCGAAGCCAUCGCGAAGGGCAUCGCGACGACGGACAAGGUCACCACGCAGCUGCGUCUUCAAAACGAGGGCAAUUUUCGCGACUCGGCUCGCGGCCUGAACGCGGCGGCGAAGCUCGAGGGGGGGUCCCAGAUGCAGUCGGCACUGGCCGCGAUCACCAAGCAGCGCCAGAAGGCGGGGAAGGAAGUUCACGAAGUGGUCGUCGAUCCAAAAGACUGCCGAGGGGCCGAGCCCUGCGGCCUCGACCGGGGCCCUGGAGGAGGCGCGGGGCUCGGCAAGAACAGGAGCAACCCUGACGUGAAGUUCAAAAUCACCAGAUACUUCGACGCGCAGGUGCCGAGUCCCAGCGCCGCCCCAGGGGCAGACCAGGGGCGCCAGGCGCUGCCACGGCGCGCCCCCGUGACGCUCGCGUCGGCGGCGCUGGCCCUGUUGGCAGGGUGCGCCGGCGCCGCCGCCGCGCCGGGGGGCUACGGCGAGGGCUCGAUGAGCCCGGACCGAGGAUAUCAAGAAGGCCGCGGCUGA